UGUUGUUAUCAUAUAUUUAUACAGAGCAACCACGGCCAGGACGAAUAUUUUCGUGAACCUGAGCUCAGCUACACAAGAAACAGAAAUUACUGUGUUUUGGUCUUUUCUCUCCGACCUUACCGAACCACAGCAUGGAUUUGAUUCACAAGGUCCUGAACAUUGUACUUCCUCCUAUAACAUUGAUUCUGCUACUUCUCUUCUUUCCGUAUUUUCUUGUUUCCAAGUUUAUAAGUCGCAUAAAAAGAUCAAUAAAUAGCGAAAAGGUGGCAGGAAAAGUAGUUCUAAUCACCGGUGCAUCUUCAGGCAUUGGCGAGUAUCUUGCAUACGAGUAUGCUAGGAGAGGAGCCUGUUUAGCCCUCUCUGCUAGAAGAGAGGAGCGUCUUCGAGCAGUAGCUGAUAAGGCCCGGGAGCUGGGGUCACCGGAUGUUAUAGUCAUCGCCACUGACAUUUCGAAGGUUGAAGACUGUGAGCGGUUUGUUAAUGAGGCAAUGAAUCAUUUUGGCAAGUUGGAUCAUCUGGUGAACAAUGCUGGUGUUGCUCAAAUUGACAUGUUUGAGGAUUGCAAGCAAAUAUCAGAUUUUGCAACAAUUAUGAACACAAAUUUCUGGGGUUCCGUAUACGCCUCCCAUUUCGCUAUUCCACACCUAAGAAAAAGUAAAGGGAGGAUUGUAGGGAUUUCUUCAAUUGCUGGAUGGUGCUCAGUGCCUAGGAUGAGCUUCUAUUCUGCAAGCAAAGCAGCCAUAACAAGUUUUUAUGAGACACUACGUGCUGAAUUUGGUUCGGAUAUUAGAAUAACAAUCGUCACUCCUGGUUUAGUUGAGUCAGAAAUGACCCAAGGCGAUUUUUUAUCAAAGGGUCAAAUGGACUUUGUUCUGGCCGAGUCGACCGAAAGGUGUGCUAAAGCAAUCGUGGACAGUGCUUGUCGAGGAGACAGGUACUUGGUAGAGCCGUCUUGGGCAAGGAUUACGUUUCUGAUGAAAGUCCUUUGCCCUGAAGUGCUGGAGUGGUGGUUCCACAGGAUAUUGGUUGCUAAGAGUUCCAAGAAGAGCAACUAGCAUGAGCUUCUGUAUCUCACUUAACAGGCGUCAAAUAUGCCUUGCGCAUUUCAGCUUUAAUUCCAGAUCUCAAGCAGUGACUCUGUUUCAUUUUUUUAUUCCUCUGAAAAUUCAGAAUGUUUGAUAAUUUCAUUCUAUUCCGGUUAGAAUAACCGGUAUAUCUCAUAUCAUAUAAAAAAAAAAAAAACAACAGAAUAUAAUGGAAUAAAUUUCAUCUCGCAUCUCAGGUUAUUUUGAA